AUGACCAGGACCUCCCCUUGCAGUGACCCGGACAAGUGUUGCGCAAGCGCACCUUUCUCUUUUCCUCCUGUAAGUAGUAAGAGACAUGGGUACAACAACUGUACGGCACUGAAGAAUUUUCUUAAAUUAAACAACAGAGGACACCCUCCAAUUUCUUUUCUCAAAGUAAACAACUACAGUCCAACAGUCACACGACCGCAGACACACCCAACAAAUUCAAUCACAGUUUAUACAGAUUCCACCAAAACCAGUUAUCUAAACUUAUACAAGUUAUCUUUUCAACAUCCAGUAAACUAUGUCAUUUUCAACGUCAUCUUAUCACAAUCUUCUUCUUUGUACACUCUUCUUGUCGCUAUCUUGUAGAAUUCUCACUCAACUAAAACUAUAUAGUCUUUUCUUCACAACCAAUUACAGUUUUCGCACUCUACUAUCUCGAUCCUUGUUUCUUCGUACACCAGAUCAAGGAUGGUCACUGAAUCUCCGGAUCUCUUCAGACAAGGCUAUGAAGUUAGAUCAUUGACUCCCAUGUUGAGCAACUUUUUGUUGUGCUUUUUAGAGCGCUUACCGACAUUUUCGACCGGAGUAACAGGUGUUCAUUCUACUAAUGAAAGA